CAGUUCUACUCUGUCCUGUAGGGUCGCUAUGAGUAAUCCGCUCAAGGCCAAGUGAGUUUGGUUUUGGAUAGCUCAUGUAUACUUUCAACAGAAUUGGAUUUCAUCUUUAGUAUAUGAAAUGUUUGCUGAUUAGUGUUAAGUUUUGAGUAUUGGAAGAGUUUUGUGUUGCCACUCAAACUGUUAAGUCUCCUGUAGUCCUAUCUAAACUUCAUAUAGCUAUGAAUGGGCAUCAUACCUUUAAUAAUAUUGAAAUCUAAAUUUUCUCACUGAGCUCUAUGUUCCUGUUCAAUAUAAAUACAAUGCAAGCUAAUGUAAUUAAAAAUUUUAGUAGCCAUGUUAAAAAAAUUUCAAAGACAGCGUGUUUUCUCACUGCAAGAAAAGAUAUUGCUUGGCACACCAAUACAGUUCACCUGGCAAAGAACAUCGGGAAACUACCUAGCAGUAACAGGAGCUAAUCAUAUUGUGAAAAUCUUUGAUCGCCAUGGUCAAAAAAGAAGUGAAAUUAACUUACCUGGUAACUGUGUUGCUAUGGAUUGGGAUAAAGAUGGAGAUAUCCUAGCAGUGAUUGCUGAGAAAUCUAGUUGCGUUUAUUUAUGGGAUGCCAACACAAAUAAAACCAGCCAGCUAGACAGUGGCAUGAGGGAUCAGAUGUCUUUUCUUCUGUGGUCUAAAGUUGGAAGUUUCCUGGCUGUUGGAACUGUUAAAGGAAAUUUGCUUAUUUAUAAUCGUCAGACAUCUCGAAAGAUUCCUGUCCUUGGAAAACAUACUAAGAGAAUCACAUGUGGAUGUUGGAAUGCAGAAAAUCUGCUUGCAUUAGGUGGUGAAGAUAAAAUGAUUACAGUUAGUAAUCAGGAAGGUGACACGAUAAGACAGACACCAGUGAGAUCAGAUCCUAGCGACAUGCAGUUUUCCAUGAUGAAGACUGAUGACCGAACUUCUGCUACUGAAAGCACAAUAAGUGUGGUGGUUGGCAAGAAAACUUUGUUUCUUUUUAAUCUGAAUGAACCAGAUAGCCCAAUUGAUCUAGAAUUUCAGCAGCGCUAUGGCACAAUCGUCUGCUAUAGUUGGUAUGGUGAUGGCUACAUUAUGAUUGGCUUUUCAUGUGGAAUUUUUGUGGUUAUUUCUACUCAUAUUCGAGAGAUUGGCCAAGAGGUAUUUCAGGCUCGUGAUCAUAAAGAUAACCUAACCAGUAUUGCAAUAUCACACACCCUUAACAAAGCUGCAACAUGUGGAGAUAACUGCAUUAAAAUCCAUGACUUGGCAGAAUUAAAAGACAUGUAUGCUAUGAUCAACCUGGAUGAUGAAAAUAAAGGAUUGGGCACCUUGUCCUGGACAGAUGAUGGUCAGUUGCUGGCACUGUCUACCCAAAGGGGCUCACUCCAUGUUUUCCUGACCAAGCUUCCCAUCCUCGGGAAUGCCUGCAGCACAAGGAUUGCCUAUCUCACCUCCCUCCUUGAAGUCACUGUAGCCAACCAUGUUGAAGGAGAGCCACCAAUCACAGUUUCUGUUGAUGUGGAACCAAACUUUGUAGCGGUAGGUCUUUACCAUCUGGCUGUGGGAAUGAAUAACAGAGCUUGGUUUUAUGUCCUUGGAGAGAAUGUUGUGAAAAAAUUGAAAGAUGUGGAAUAUUUGGGAACAGUUGCCAGUAUUUGCCUUCAUUCUGACUAUGCUGCUGCACUUUUUGAGGGCAAGGUCCAGUUACAUUUGAUAGAAAGUGAAAUUUUGGAUGCCCAAGAAGAACGUGAGGCCCGACUUUUCCCUGCAGUGGAUGAUAAGUGUCGUAUUUUGUGUCAUGCCUUAACUGGUGAUUUCCUCAUCUAUGGUACAGAUACUGGUGUCAUUCAGUAUUUCUACAUUGAAGAUUGGCAGUUCGUUAAUGAUUAUCGACAUCCUGUCAGUGUGAAAAAGAUUUUUCCUGAUCCAAAUGGAACCAGAUUGGUUUUCAUUGAUGAAAAAAGUGAUGGAUUUGUCUAUUGUCCAGUUAAUGAUGCUACCUAUGAGAUUCCAGAUUUUUCACCAACAAUUAAAGGUGUUCUUUGGGAAAACUGGCCAAUGGAUAAAGGUGUAUUUAUUGCUUAUGAUGAUGAUAAGGUGUACACUUAUGUCUUUCACAAGGACACUAUACAAGGAUCCAAGGUCAUUUUGGCUGGUGGCACCAAAGUUCCCUUCUCUCAUAAACCUUUGUUGCUAUAUAAUGGAGAGUUGACCUGCCAGACACAAAGUGGAAAAAUAAACAACAUCUACCUCAGCACCCACAGCUUCCUCGACAAUUUAAAAGAUGUGGGGCCUGAUGAACUGAGACAAAUGCUGACACAGACUUUAAUGUUGAAAAGGUUUUCCGAUGCUUGGGAAAUGUGCAAGAUUCUGAACGAUAAUGCUGCCUGGAAUGAGCUAGCCAGAGCUUGUCUGCAUCACAUGGAAGUGGAGUUUGCAAUCCGUGUUUAUCGGACAAUUGGAAAUGUUGGCAUAGUGAUGUCCUUGGAACAAAUAAAGGGCAUAGAGGACCACAACCUUCUGGCAGGACAUCUUGCCAUGUUUACUAAUGAUUUCAACCUGGCUCAGGACCUGUACCUGGCAUCCAGCUGUCCUAUUGCUGCCCUGGAGAUGAGAAGGGAUUUACAGCAUUGGGACAGUGCUUUACAAUUGGCAAAGCGUUUGGCUCCAGACCAAAUACCAUUUAUAUCAAAAGAAUAUGCCGUUCAGCUCGAAUUCACGGCAAAAGUUGGUGAGCUUCUGUCACAUGUUUCUUCUCCUAAGAUUCACUUGCAGUAUGCCAAAGCUAAAGAAGCAGAUGGAAGAUACAAAGAAGCUGUUGUGGCUUAUGAAAACGCCAAACAGUGGAAUAGUGUAAUCCGUAUCUAUCUGGAUCACCUCAACAAUCCCGAAAAAGCUGUCAGCAUUGUCAGAGAGACCCAGUCUCUGGAUGGAGCCAAGAUGGUAGCCAGGUUUUUUCUACAGUUAGGUGACUAUGGGUCUGCCAUCCAGUUUCUUGUCAUGUCCAAAUGUAACAAUGAAGCUUUCACACUGGCUCAGCAGCACAACAAAAUGGAAAUCUAUGCAGACAUUAUCGGUUCUGAAGACACUACUAAUGAAGACUAUCAGAGCAUUGCCUUAUACUUUGAAGGAGAAAAAAGACAUUUUCAGGCUGGGAGGUUCUUCUUGCUGUGUGGCCAAUAUUCACGAGCACUUAAACACUUCCUGAAAUGCCCAAGCUCAGAAGAUAAUAUGGCAAUAGAAAUGGCAAUUGAAACUGUUGGUCAGGCCAAAGAUGAACUGCUGACCAGCCAACUGAUAGACCACCUUAUGGGGGAGAGUGAUGGCAUGCCGAAGGACGCCAAGUAUCUGUUCCGCUUGUACAUGGCUCUGAAACAAUACCGGGAAGCUGGUCGGACUGCCAUUAUAAUUGCCAGAGAAGAGCAGUCUUCAGGAAACUAUCGGAAUGCACAUGAUGUUCUCUUCAGCAUGUAUGCAGAACUUAAAUCCCAGAAAAUCAAAAUUCCCUCUGAGAUGGCCACCAACCUCAUGAUCCUGCACAGUUACAUACUAGUGAAGAUUCAUGUUAAAAAUGGAGAUCAUAUGAAAGGGGCACGUAUGCUUAUUCGGGUGGCCAACAACAUUAGCAAAUUUCCAUCACACAUUGUGCCAAUCCUGACGUCUACUGUGAUCGAGUGUCACAGAGCAGGCCUGAAGAACUCAGCUUUCAGCUUUGCAGCCAUGUUGAUGAGGCCUGAGUACCGUAAUAAAAUAGAUGCCAAAUACAAAAAGAAGAUUGAGGCAAUGGUCAGGAGGCCCGAUACAUCCGAGAUAGAAGAGGCCACGACCCCGUGCCCAUUCUGUGAAUUUCUUCUCCCAGAGUGUGAACUCCUCUGCCCUGGAUGUAAAAAUAACAUCCCAUAUUGCAUUGUAACAGGUCGACAUAUGUUGAAAGAUGAUUGGACAGUGUGUCCACAUUGUGACUUCCCUGCUCUAUACUCAGAAUUUAAGAUCAUGUUGAACACUGAAAACACAUGUCCCAUGUGUUCAGAAAGAUUAAACUUUGCUCAAUUGAAAAAAAUGUCAGACUCUACCCAGUACCUGCGAACAGAGGUGGAGCAGUGAGCAGUAUAUGCAGAUAUAAAGUUCCUGUGAAACUAGCAUUUUUCCACGGGUAUUGUGUUUCCACUCCUAGUGGAUUUGGAGGUGGUCCUCCCUGGACACAGAAAAAUAAACAAAGGUGACCUCUCAAGAUCAGCACCUUUCAACUUCUGUAGAGUGGCAAGAUGGGUGAUACAUAGUCUUUGUUUAUUGUACUUUGUAUAUCUCCUCUUCACAGUCUUACAUAUUCUAUGCUCUGCACUGUUAAUAGUAACCUAUGACCUAAUUGUAAAUAUUUAGCAUUUUGAUAACUUUUAUAUUUUGGAAUAUCUCCUUUAAAAUAAAAUUGUUGACUAGAUAUUUGUAAUGUUUUCCUGGGUAUGGAGACAAAAAAAAAAAAA